CAUAAGGUUUCACAUAAUUCAAUUACUCGUAAGAGCAUCAAUAAAUGCCCGCAAGAUGUUAGUAUUAGCUUUGUAGUUAUCGACUGACCCUCGACCACAUCAAACUAAUUUCUUUACAAAUAUAAAGUACAAAUUAACAGAUGCUCGCUUGAAAGUUGUUGGGUUUUUGGAAAUUAGUCUGUUUGAAUUUUGCUGUUAUUUUAUAAGAUCAUACUUGAAAAAAAAAAAAAAAGAAAAAGAAAAGUUCAUUUACUUACUCCCUUAAUAAUACCCUACUUCGAGUUCGAGAAUAGUUAAAGUCCGAGCCAACUACCCUUCUUAAUCGCAAACCAUUCGCCGUUUAAAAGACAACAAAAUGCAGCAAACUGCUCAGGACGCAUCAUUCCCAGACGUAGUCAUAUCGUCCGAUAACUGUCAAAUAGAUAACUCUGUUAACGGUAACUGUGACAUAUCGAGAUGCUGUCUCUCGGGCAAUAAGAAACAUAUACCUAAUACCACGACGAGCGUCAAAACAAAACGUAAGGCACGUUCAACCCGCCGUCGUCUCAAUGCUAUGAUCAAUAAUACGUCCCUCCACUUCUCCGACACGGACUCCGAGGGUGAACUUACAACCCCUCGCAUUUCCAUAACAAAUAACAAUGCAAAUAUGCCGUUGAAAUGCUUUAACGAGGGUGAUCUCUUGCGUCCUGUGAUAUCGGUGACUUUGGAUGGGAGCGAUGAUUCUUCAUGCGGUAGUGCUCGUCGGGGUAGCUUUAUUGAUAAUCUCACGGACGUUGAUGAGAUAUAUACAAGCGAGCCUGAAAAUAACGAGAGAUUCGAUAGGAGACGUAGUAGAGUAGCUUUGACUAUGGGUAACUUGGUCGUUGGCGAUAUUCCUCAUCAAGGUGAAACAGAUUUGGAGGAUAUGUCGAAUGAUGAAGAAGAGGUGAUCCAGGCGCCGAUAUACAUAACGCCUAGGGCCGAUAUUUUCUGCGAUUUUAAUGGUGAAACCAUAACGACUAAAGAGGGUGAUGGGCCCUUCUCCGUCGAAGUCCGAAAUCAGAUGUCAAUAGAUGAGAGUAAAGUGAUUUCAGAUAGGCCGGAUAUUGUGGUCCUACCGACAACAGAUAGCGAAGAUAUGGAAGCAUCGGAUGAUGACGAUAAAGUGGAUGAGGCAUGUGGACAUCACGUGGCUUAUGAGAAUUUCGAUGUAUUGGACGCCUCGCAAACUGUCAUGAAGAACGUUAAUAAAAUGGAACAACUCUUGUCUGUUAAAGAAUUUGACGAUGGCCUUAGCGAUAAUCCCACCGACAUCGAAGACAUUGAAUAGACAGUAGUUCUCGUGGGCACUUGACAGGCACAUUUUCACAGAACUGCCGUCCUCAACAUUCUCAGAGGCAACAAAAUGGGAUAUUAAGCG